UACGUUAAGAGACAGUUCGCCAAAUGCCUGACCAUUACUGAGAAACGAUCGCUAAUCUAUUUAUUGAAGUCUCUUGUCAUCCGAAACCGAAAGGGACCGGUGGCCGGACUUUACUGUUGGAUAGAAAGCAAAUGUUUGACUCUUUUUUACGAAGACAAUGGAAAAAGAGUUCAGAAGAAGAUUGAUAUAAACGAAAUUGGAAACCAAGACAUAAAUCAAUUGCUAUUAAAAGUGGUUCACUUCAUGAACAUUGAUGGAGAAGUGGAGGAAAAGGCUAAACAAUUACAUCAAAUGCUAAUUAUUUUCAAGGAAGCGGUUAAUGAUCCAGAAUUUAUGCCACAAUUACUGGACAUCGAUAAGUGGAUUGAAACUGAAUAAAUAUUACGUUUAUAUAAUCAAUGGUUACAUGAUUUGCAUUUAUUAUUUACUGAUUUCUAUAGAGAAUACAUAGAUUUUUUCACAAAUCCCGUAAACAUAUAAUAAAUCCCAAAAUUUAUUUAAUUACUUAUAAUUAUUAAUUGAUUUAAAUAUUUGACAAAAUUAUGUUCAAAAUGCCUUUAAUAAACAGUUGACACA